AGCGUGUUUUAACGCUUAUUAACUUGCUGCUAGUGUAGCGCUUAGCUUGGGGAGAGGAAACUGGCAGAACGUAGAAGGCGAGUGAUAAAAAGCAGCAAAGUUUAAGGUUGACAAACACCUGGCAACGUUGAAGAAAAAGCUGAAGAGGUAUCACCAGCAAUUUGGCAACAUCUCUCCCCUGGCUCUGCAGUGCAUAAGGACACCACCCACUAUAUCAUAUCUUAGUCACCUAGUGCCUCUCUCUGUGAUAAAUCAUUAUUUUCCCUCUCAUCUGCCCCAGUGCAAAAACUAACAUACACCAGCAACACAGAAGAAACAUAAGUGAAGUGGUUUUUCAGCCAUUGGAGCAAAGUCAGAUGCACCAUAGCUACCAAAGUUAACUGUCUCUAUCUAUUUGUUGUGGUGCCCCUAAAAUUCACCAUUAUCUAAGCUUCUGACUAGUUUAAACCUUAAAACUCAUUGUCACUCAUCAGCAUUACUCAGUUGUCUCAUCAAGUCUGUCCAUUUUAGAAAGCUGUAAACAGCACUUAGCACCAUUAUGGCCUCCAUCACCCAGUCAUCUGAGCCUGAGAUCCUAGACAACUACAAAGAGAGCUGGCUGGUGCUAAUUUCUGCUGCAGAAGCGUAUUGCCAAAAGUCUGGCUGUGACCUGGCCAUACUUACAGCCUGUAAGAAGUUCCGGUCAUCAGCUGGAGACGGAGAUGGGCUGAGGAAACGGGAGAGCGGCAGUGCCUUUUCGAGGGAGUUUGAUUUCUCCUAUAACGUAUGGGGGCAGGGGUUUCUGGCCGAGUCAGCACGACGCUACAUGGAUGACAUUGGUGUGCUUCACUCCACCACCGUGCUAACAGCCCAAAAAUACACACAGCAGGCUGGAGAAGAGGGUGGAAGCAAGCUGGUGGUUGACCUGACCUCUGACCCUGGACACAGGGGGAGCUACACAGGGGACAGUGGGCUGGGUGGAGUCAGUCCCAAUGGCCGACUGUACUCCCAAAGCUACCCAUCAAUCUACAGCUCAGGAGCUGGUACUGGGCAUGGCGCCGGGCAGAAUGGUAACAGAGACAGGGAACGGGAGAAGACUUCACUGGAGGCCAGGCGGGGGAGACAGAGGUCUGGGAUUGUGGACUUGGAAGAAGAGUGUGAAGAUGAGGAAGAAGAGGAAGACAUGGAUGAGAGGAGACCCUAUGGAAGUGAAAGUGCUGGUGUCUUCUCCAUGGAUGAGGACUCUCUGUCGCGGGACUGUGAGCCGUUUGAGUCUGAUGGGGAGGAGGAGAGCACUGAUGGCUCGUUGAGUGAGGAUGCUCCUCCACCGCUGCGUGGCAUAGCUGUUGGUCAAGCUGCAUAUUUGUCCCGUCAUGCCCACCCCAUGGCUCUGGCCCGCUCGCUGCCUGUGUCUGUGCCUGCGUGGGGCUGCAGAGGCAACAGAGCUGCUCAGGGAGACAGCAACAGUGGAGAGCGGGUGGGCUGUGCUGACCUGGAGCACAUCGCAGCCAGUAUGAAGGCCCUGCUGGUGCCCGGAGCCACUGAUGGAACAGAAAUGUUCGGGGCCUUGCCUCGGCCCCGUCUGAACACAGGAGACUUCUCCCUCAAGCACUGAGUGAGAGUGAGGGCGAGACAAGAGAAAAAAAUCGUUGGAGUGAUGAACGAGAUGUGGAGAGAAUGACAGGGGGAGAUGUGGACCUGCUUGUACCAUCAUUUAUUUCUCACUAACCAAAAUGAAUGGCACAUGCUGCAGGGAGUAACAAGAAAAAGAAAUGUGAACACUAAACAUUUUCAACACUAUUCUCUGACCCCACCCCCCUCCUCCUUGUCACUACACAUUUCACAAUUCUAGUGACUACACAUCCCCCAACACUACAUUAGGAUUGGACCUCAAGAUGUGUGUAGUGACCCACUGCACUGUUUAAAAAAGGACACUAAAACUGGGUGUGUAAUAUUCCCACCGUUAAGGCUGAGUGUUAUGAACCUCCUGUGCUGAUGCUAAGUUUUUCGGAAGUUCACCCUCUGCUCUAAUUACCUAUUUAGCGAUAAGAACCCUUGGGAGCAGCCACCAGUACCUUAUUGUAGCUCCAGCACCUCAUACAAAUGCAAUUUUGAGUGAUAUUAGUAUUAUUGCAAUGUGAAGUAGCUCUAAAGUGUCAGAUAUGCAGCAAAAUGUGAGCUGUCAGGAACUUAAAACUAUUCAUAAAAGUGAUACAAAAUUAAUCUAAAGGGGUAGUUUGUUAACAUUUUGGGAAAUAUGCAUAUUUUCUUUUUGAGAGAUAAAGAUUGAUACUACUUUCAGAUAUGUCUGUUGCAUACGACUCUAGAAUCAGGAAACCGUUAGCUUAGCAUAGAAACUGGAAGCAAGGAGAGGUAGCUAGCCUGAAAUCACUCCUACUAGCAGCUCUAAAGCUCUCUAAUUAACAAGGUGAUAUUAUCUUGUUUGUUAAUUUGCGCAUGAACAUGAAUAUAAAAAUGAAAAGUCUUGGUUUUGUGCAGAGGUAGGUCCUGUUACUUGAUUCACCCAGCACGUCUGCAGUGUCUCUACCCAUAGGCUGCAUGUUGGAAGACUUGAAAUAACAUGGAAAUUGGCCAUUAUUCCCAACAUACUUGGAACAAUUUGACAAGUGAAACUAGAGACAAACUGUAGCUUUCUGUUUUCAUGAAUGGAAUUAAUUGUUAAUUGAAUUUUAUGUAGAUGUAUUUCUCCAGCAUCACAAAGUUGUUUUUUUUCUGACCUGGUUGCUUGUAAUGACAGUAGUGCUAGUGUCUGGUAACCUCACUGUGCAGAUAAGACUCCAGGAUGUUGCUACUUUUGGGUGUGUUUUUUUUCUAAGAAAUACAUACAACAUAAACUCCCUAUAAAACUUCCCAUCUUUACAUUUCUAUGUGUGCAGUUUAAACAAAUGAGAUAUAAAGUGUUAUUUAGUGAGCUUUAAAAACUUUAGUAGCCAUACUUUUGAAUGUCAAAGGCUAACUGUUGUUGCUAAUUGUUUUUCCCACCUUCCUGUCUUUAUGUUAAGCUAGGCUAAUCCCAUACUUAAGGCACAGAAAUGAGAGUGGUGUCAGUCAUCCUGUUCUAAAUCUUGAAAAGAAAGUGUUAUUUUCAAAGUGGUAAAAUAUUCCUUGAAAUUUUGCAGUUGGCAGGGAGAAUCCAGCCUUUGUAGCGGAGAAUACCUUUUGAGUUUGCUAACCAAACAUUUUUUCAAAAAACACAUUUAACUACAUGGAGUUAAUGACAUUAAA